AUGACUUUAUUUUUUCACAAAAUACUCGAUAGAAAAUUAGAAAAAGAAUACAUUCUUAAAUAGAAUCAAUAAACAAUUAUAAUUUAACAUAAUUAAAAAGUGUUAAUCUUAUUAUUGCUUCUAAUUUUUGCAAUUUAAAAAGGUUUGGAAAAUAAUUGGUCUUCAUUUGCUUUUAAUGCUUUCGGAUUUAUUUUUAUAAUAGUGUCUUAUGUUUAUGUAAGCAAAACAUCAAUCUAUUAUAAAUACUUAUUACUUGUUAUUGUAGAGCUUUUUAAUUUUUUUUACCCUUUCAAUCGAUUAAUGAAAAUUCCCCCAAAUUAAGACAGCUACCUAGAUGGUUACUUUAUUUGCUUAGGAACUCUUGCGUAAGAUUUUAAAUCAUACUAGAAUUAUAAACUCAUUUGAUAUCAAAAUUAGAUAUUUCAUGAUGAUACCAAUAUUUGGUUUUAAUUUAGCAGUUGGUCCUCAUGAUUCUAAUCUGUUUUGGUCAUAAUGUUUAAAAUUUUCUAUUAUGUUACUUCUUGAUAUUUAGAUUUAAUUUUAGUAAGAAAUUAUUAAAAGAAAAUAAUUUUUAAAUUUAUAUUGUGAUACUAUUGUUUAGAGUUUUAUAGAAAAAGAAUAAAUGAUGGAAACAUUUUAAGUUCAAUAUUGUGAUGAAUCUAAAUCAAUUUAAUUGAUUAAUCCAAAAACUAAAUAAAAGGUUAAUGAAUUUUAAUAGUUAGAAUUCAAAUCAAGAAUAAGAAACAUUAUUAUACGUCCGAAAUAAAAAUUAAGAUCUGUAGAUUAGUAUAUUUUCAAUUUUUAAGGAAAGUUAUCUCUUGAGCUUUUUUUAUAUUAUUUUUUAAAUAGAACUUAAAAAAUUAAUGAUUAAAGAUUAAUUGAAUUUUUAAAAUAAUAUCAAUAAAAAGUCGAAUUAGAUGGAAUAGUUGAUGAUACUUUAAAUGUAAUUAUAACAAUUUUAAUAAUUUUAGCAUAUUGUUGUUUACAAACUCCAUCAUCAUACUCAUCCAUAAUCAUUAAUUAUUAUAAAAUAAUUAUAAGCUAAAACUCAGAUGGAAUAAUUGAAACUUAAAUAUAAAAAUUAAAAUCUAAUAAUAAAAUAUUUGAUGAAUAUUCUCAAUACUUCAUUGAAAUAAUGUAUGAAUGAUGCCUCUUUUAUCAAUAAUAAAAAUAAUCUACAAAAGUUAUCUAAAUAAGUUUAAUUAAUUUUACUGAAGCAAUAAGGCUAGAUUAUAAAAGCCUGGAAUUCUUUUAUGAAUAUAAUAGAUUUUGUUUAAAUACCUUAGGAUGUUAACCCUUUAGUAUCUUUUAAUAUAGUUCAGUUAGUAAAUUAAGUAAUCUCGAUAAUUAAAAGUCUAAAUCCUGAAAAUUAAUCUUCGAUAGAAUUAAUUAAUUAAUUAAAAAGUUAAUUAAUUUAUUCCAAUUUUGGCAAAAUAAGGUAAUUAUUUUUAAAUUUACUAUUUUAUUUAAUGGAAAAGAGUGCAUAUAAAAUAAUCAUCACUUUAUAGGAAGAGCAUUCAAAUUUAGAGGAUACUUUUGCAAUAAAAAUAACUUAUAAAACUAAAAUUAAGACUUCCAAAAGUGAAUUCCAACACUACCCCAUUAUUAAUCCAUUAAAAUUUAAAGAUUUUCAUCAUAAUACCUAGAAUAGUUUGUAUUUAGAAAUUCCGAUGAGCAUAUAUAUUGUGAGAUUAUUAGGACCAAAUAAUAAGAUUUAUUUAAAAAAAGAAUUUUAGGAGUAUUCAUUGCUUUUUUACUUGUAUAAAUAAGUUUAGCCUGAUAUGUAAUUAUAAAAAGCAUUAAAUUUAAAAUCAGAAAACUAGAUAAUUAUGUAAUCAGAUAUCUAACCUAUUUAAACCUAAUACAUUUCUAUUUAACAUUUAAAUCAAUAAUAAGAGGAUGAAUAUUGA